AUGCUUCAACUACUUCCUCGAGCGGUUUGGGAAGACGCCAAUCUGUACGACGGUGCCACUGUGAUCACCCUCAUUACGGGCACCUGUCUCGUGCUUGUCAUGUGCUUCGGUCUGGCCUACCUGUACUCUGGGCUUGCCAGGAGAAAAUCGGCUUUGCACAUGAUAUUUAUCACCUUCGCAGCCAUUUGCAUUGCCCAAUUCCAGUGGUAUUUCUGGGGAUACUCGCUAGCGUUCUCUGCGUCUGCCAGCAACAAAUUCAUUGGCAACUUGCACAACUUCGGAUACCAGAACCUCGGCGUUUUGACCACCCUCGGAGACGACGAGAAAGGGUACCCAGAGAUGGCCUUUGCCAACUUCCAGGGCAUGUUUUCCACCAUCACUAUCUGCAUUCUGCUGGGGUCCGUCUGCGAGCGCGGCCGCGUGCUUCCGGCCAUGGUUUUCUCGUUUUUCUGGCUCACUCUCGUUUACUGUCCCGUGGCGUACUGGGUCUGGGGUCCUGACGGCUGGGCUUUGGACUGGGGGGUGCUGGACUACGCCGGUGGCGGUCCUGUCGAGAUACUGUCCGGAUUCGGCGGUUUUGUGGUCUCCUACUUCCUCGGCGAGAGAAGGCAGCAUUUGAUGGUCAAUUACAGACCGCACAACGUGUCGCUGAUCACCAUCGGCACGGCGAUGCUGUGGUUCGGAUGGCUGGGCUUCAACGGGCUCACGUGCAUCAAGCCUUCGUACAAGUCGAUAUACGCCAUCAUGAACUCCAACUUGUGCGCUGCGUUUGGAGGAAUUACCUGGUGUCUGCUGGAUUUCCGGAUCAACCACCACUUCUCGACGGUGGGGCUGUGUUCUGGUAUCAUAUCCGGUCUCGUGGCUGCAACACCGUCGUCGGGCUGCAUCCCACUGUGGGCGUCGGUGGUUUUGGGGGUGGUCACCGGAGUGGUGUGCAACUACUCGACCAAGCUCAAGGUGUGGCUUAAAGUGGACGACAGUCUCGAUGUGAUGGCCGAGCACGGUGUUGCGGGCGUGCUGGGGCUGAUUGUCGGUAACGCCUUCUUCGCGUCGUCGGAGGUGAUUGGAUACGACGGAUACACCGACCAUCCGGGCGGCUGGUACAACCAGAACUGGAAGCAGAUGUACAAGCAGCUGGCUUACGUGGGGGCCGUGGCUGGGUACUGCGUGGCGGUGACGGCGAUUAUCUGCUUUGUGCUCAACCGCGUUCCUGGGCUCAAGAUGCGCGCGAGCGAGGAGGGCGAGCAGAACGGAAUGGACGAGGACCAGAUCGGCGAGUUUGCUUACGACUACGUCGAGGUCAGACGCAACUUCUUCGACCUCAACCUCAGCAAGCUGACCCCGGUCAACGGCGAGCUCGUGCGCGAGAUGGCCCAGGAGUCGCUCUCCGACCAGCCCGCAGAGAAGAAGAAAGAGGAUAGCAGCAGUUCGUAG